CGAGCAACAUGCACUUUUUGUGCAACCGCUACUCUGCAAAGUAAAUUUUCACUGACAGCAAUACGGAGUCACGGAGACAAGCCGAGAUGUAGCGCUUGAGAAACCGGCACGCUUUGUUUUGGAUUAGUGUUCUUAUCAACAACGUCCUAUCGUCUCUCUGUGCUUACCGGGAAGGAUGUACCUGAAUCUGAACGUUGGUAUCCUGGGGCACGUUGACUCGGGAAAGACAACACUAGCGCGAGCCCUCAGCGCCAUCGCCAGCACCGCAGCGUUCGAUAAAAAUCCCCAAUCACAGGAGCGUGGCAUCACGCUGGAUCUUGGGUUCAGUGCGGCCCAGUUUGAGCUACCGGAUCACCUGCAAGGACUCGGUUACGAACGGCUGCAGUUUACAUUCGUCGACUGUCCUGGCCAUGCCAGCCUUAUCCGGACCAUCAUAGGCGGAGCCCAGAUCAUCGAUCUAAUGCUGCUGGUCAUCGAUGCCGAAAAAGGCAUCCAACCGCAAACGGCGGAAUGCUUGAUCAUCGGCGAGCUGACCUGCCGAAAGAUGAUCGUGGUGUUGAACAAACUGGACUCGCUGGCCGAUGCCGAGCGGCGUGGGAAACGUUUGGAGAAGCUAACCAAAGGCAUACGAGAGACGCUCUCGAAGAUGGCAUUCGACGAAACGCCGAUCGUUGCCAUUUCCGCUUUAUCGGGAGAAAACAUUCCCACGCUUACGAAAACGAUGCUACAACGUGCAUUCCUACCAGCGAGAAACGUGGACCUACCGCUCAUGUUCGCCGUGGAUCAUUGUUUCGCCAUCAAAGGCCAGGGAACGGUUUGCACCGGUACGGUCUUGCAAGGAACGGUGAACGUUGGCGAUAAGGUGGAGAUACCCAAGUUGAAGCUCCAGCGCAAGGUACGCUCGAUACAGAUGUUCCGACAGAGUUACACCACCAUCCGGCAAGGUGAUCGAGCAGGCAUUUGCAUUACGCAGUUCGAUCCGAAAUCACUGGAACGUGGUAUCGUGUGUGCGGCCGACUAUGCGCAUUAUGUGUAUGCCGCGAUCGUGAAAAUCACACCGCUUCGCUACUACAAACGACCCAUUAGGAGUAAGGCAAAGUUUCACAUCACCUGUGGCUACGAAACCGUUCUGGCCACGAUUCUCCUCUUUACCGCGGACCGAAACGAUCCGUUCACCUACGAUCGCCAGUAUGAGUUUCUGGAAGAGUUGACGGUCGAAACCAUUGCCACUCGCACGGUGUUUGCAUUGCUUGAGUUUGAAAAACCCAUUCUUACCACUCCCGAAGCGCUCAUCAUUGGUUCGAAGCUGGACAGCGACAUACAACACAACACGGACUGCCGGAUAGCGUUCCAUGGACACCUCGACGGGCUGACGAUGCGGGAACCAAGCUAUGCCGAAACCAUUCUGCCCGGACUGCAGGUUUUCAAACAGAAAUGUAAAACCGGUACGAUCCAGCGGAUCGUAAACGACCAGGAACUGAUAGUGGCGGGACUGUUCAAAAAGACGGGCAGCAAUCGCCAAGUGUUCAUCGGUCUGACCGUAACUCUGAGCAGUGGUGAUCGGGGUGUAAUCGAUGAUACCUUCGGAGCCGGAGGAAAGGUGAAACUUCGCUUCCAACAGCCAAUUGCCGCCGAUGUUUUGGAACGACUUAACCCCAAGGCAACUGCCAAGCGUGAGGAUUUGCAGGUUGAGCUGAAGUUUAAAAAGUUUCUCUUCGAACGCACUGGAAAGGAGAAAAAGAUUAUACAAUGAGAAAGAGAAUGUUUGUGAUAUUUCGCUUAUUAAAUGACAAAAAGGACGCACGGGACACGUAGAGAACGAAUGCUUUACUUUAUCAGUUUGUUUAAACAUAGUUAGAGGGGGGAGGGGGAAAGGUUGUUUGUUAAUAAACUCUACACGACGAAAAUAUUA